GUUUCCGGAGCGGGCGUCUGACGUCGAGCGGAAGUGGUGUAAGGCGGCCGCCGGAGGUGUAUUUGGUGUGUUGCGCGACUGGGCCUAAGAGUGGACUGGUUUGUUCCCUCGUGAAGAUAUCACUAUGUCGAUCGAAAUCGAGUCCUCGGAUGUGAUCCGUCUUAUCAUGCAGUACCUAAAGGAGAACAGUUUACAUCGGGCGCUAGCCACUUUACAGGAAGAGACUACUGUGUCUCUGAAUACGGUGGACAGCAUUGAGAGUUUUGUAGCUGACAUUAAUAGUGGCCAUUGGGAUACUGUUUUACAGGCUAUACAGUCUCUGAAAUUGCCAGACAAAACCCUCAUUGACCUCUAUGAACAGGUUGUUCUGGAAUUGAUAGAGCUGCGUGAAUUGGGAGCUGCCAGGUCACUCCUGAGACAGACUGACCCCAUGAUCAUGUUAAAACAAACACAGCCAGAGCGGUAUAUUCAUUUGGAGAACCUCUUGGCCAGGUCUUAUUUUGAUCCUCGUGAGGCAUACCCAGAUGGAAGUAGCAAAGAGAAGAGAAGAGCAGCAAUUGCCCAGGCCUUAGCUGGGGAAGUCAGUGUGGUGCCUCCGUCUCGUCUCAUGGCAUUGCUGGGGCAGGCACUGAAGUGGCAGCAGCACCAGGGGUUGCUUCCUCCCGGCAUGACCAUAGAUUUGUUCCGAGGCAAAGCGGCUGUCAAAGAUGUGGAAGAAGAAAAGUUUCCUACACAGCUGAGCAGGCAUAUUAAGUUUGGUCAGAAAUCACAUGUGGAGUGUGCUCGAUUUUCUCCAGAUGGUCAGUAUUUGGUCACUGGGUCUGUUGAUGGAUUCAUUGAAGUCUGGAACUUUACGACUGGAAAAAUCAGGAAGGAUCUUAAAUACCAGGCCCAGGAUAACUUUAUGAUGAUGGACGAUGCUGUCCUCUGCAUGUGUUUCAGCAGAGAUACAGAAAUGUUAGCAACUGGGGCCCAAGAUGGAAAAAUCAAGGUAUGGAAGAUUCAGAGUGGACAGUGUUUAAGGAGAUUUGAAAGGGCACACAGUAAAGGUGUCACCUGUCUAAGCUUUUCUAAGGAUAGCAGUCAGAUCCUUAGUGCCUCUUUUGACCAGACAAUUCGAAUUCAUGGUUUAAAAUCUGGGAAAACAUUGAAGGAAUUUCGUGGCCAUUCCUCCUUUGUUAAUGAAGCAACUUUUACACAAGAUGGACAUUAUAUUAUUAGUGCAUCCUCUGAUGGCACUGUAAAGAUCUGGAAUAUGAAGACCACAGAAUGUUCAAAUACCUUUAAAUCCCUGGGCAGCACUGCGGGGACAGAUAUCACUGUCAACAGUGUGAUCCUGCUUCCUAAAAAUCCAGAGCACUUUGUGGUGUGUAACAGAUCAAAUACAGUGGUCAUCAUGAACAUGCAGGGGCAGAUUGUCAGGAGCUUCAGCUCUGGUAAGAGGGAAGGUGGUGAUUUUGUUUGCUGCGCCCUGUCUCCCCGCGGUGAGUGGAUCUACUGUGUUGGGGAGGACUUCGUGCUCUACUGUUUUAGCACAGUCACUGGCAAACUGGAGAGAACUUUGACAGUUCACGAGAAGGAUGUGAUUGGUAUCGCACAUCACCCUCAUCAGAACCUGAUUGCUACCUACAGCGAGGAUGGACUCCUAAAGCUCUGGAAACCCUAAUUUCCACUUUUCUUUUAAAACUUGCUUGAGAGCAUGUACUUAAGUGAAGACAUAUUCAUGUAUUGCUUUUUUUUUUUAUUUAAGGCUACCUUUUCUAAGCAAUUGUCUGAAUUAGGAACAAGAAUAAUUUUGUGAAAAUUCAAUUCAUGUUUAAGUAGCAGUUACCCUUUUAUAUGUAUUUUUAAGGUAUUCAUUUAUCUGUUUCUAAUUGGGGCAGUCACUUAAUGUUUUCAAUAAUCUACCUGAAGAGUGAAAUACUGCUGUUUCUAGAAGAAAACUGUACUCCUUUGAUUUGAAAUAGUGAUUAAAAUGUACCUCCUGCAGUAAAACUUGUGAAUAAGUAACUAUCCCAUAUUCAGUAGCUCUUUGCUGGUCCGUUUUUUUAAGGUGUUAAUAAACUUUACCCUUUUCGGAGGCUUUGUUUUUAAAUGUAAGUAAGUGCUCAUCUAGUUUACAUAUUUAGAAUCAAGUGAGGAGGGUGGGAUAAAGCAUUAUUAAUCCCAGUACAGCAGGAAGUCUGUUCCUAUUUAGAAAGAUAGAUUGAAUGUAAAAAUAUGCGAUAGGAAGGUGCAUAGGAUACUCAUUUCAUUGCCCUCACCGUCCACUCACUCUUCUUAGCUGUGCCUUCUCAUGUGUUCUGGCCAACUCCAGAGACUAUCAUCUCCAUCUUCUGGGUAGUACUAGUUGCAGGAUCCAUUAUGAGAAUUCAGUUUUGGUAUCUGAAGUUUUGGCAUUGAAAAUGUGCUAUUUGUUCUGAAGGAAAUUAGAAAAGGACCUGAGAUUUAGAGAAGUCUUUUUUUGCUAUGUGCAUCCUUACCAGUUAAA